AUGUCUAAUAUCGAAGAGAUCACCAGCGUGGUGGCUUGGGAAAAGCACAUAUCGUCGUUGCCGACAUCCACGCUUCUAAUCGUCUCGUUUCAUGCACCAUGGGCGGCGCCGUGUGCGCAAAUGGCAACCGUGCUCUCGACGCUGGCUAGCGAAUACCCCGCCACCGAACCGCGGUCGACUUCAUGGGUGAAGAUCAACGCCGAGGAGCUAUCAGAUAUUAGCGAAGCCUACGACGUGACUGCUGUUCCAUUCCUCGUCCUCAUCCGGAACGGCGAGGUGCUCGAGACGGUGAGCGGGAGCAGUGCGGUCAAAGUGCGAGAGGCUAUUGAAAAGCACGCGAGCAAGGCGGGGGCAGCAACCACUACCAACAAUGGUGCCGCGCCGGCACCCGGGCUCGGCGAAGCGGAGGUCAACACAGAGGAAGACCCAGAAAAGAAGAAACAGGAACUCUUUAGGCGCCUCGGUGAUCUCGUGAAAGCGGCACCCGUCAUGCUCUUCAUGAAAGGGACACCGAGCGAGCCCAAAUGCGGCUUUUCGCGGCAACUGGUGGCGAUCCUGCGCGACAACGCCGUCAAGUACGGCUUCUUUAAUAUCUUGGCCGACGAUGAGGUGCGGCAAGGUUUGAAAGAGUUUGCCGACUGGCCGACCUUCCCGCAGUUGUGGGUGGACGGCGAACUUGUCGGUGGGCUUGAUAUCGUCAAGGAGGAGCUGGACAGUAACGCGGAUUUCCUGAAGCCGUAUAGUGUCAAGGCAAAUGGCGAUACCUCGGCCGUAGCGGCUUAA